AAAGCGACGUGUGCAAUCAUUACGAAGAAGGUGCAAUGCAUUUAGAAAACUCUUCGAGUGCACUGACUGAGCUGAGCUGAGCUAAGCUGUCGCGUUGAUUAUCCAUUGAUACAGCAGAAUUUGGUAGCAUUCAUUCAGUCUAAGAUCAUCUUCGAAGAUCAGGAAAGUUUCUCUGGAGUACCAAGAUGGCUACCCAGAGCUCGAGCAGACUCAAUAAACCCGCUGUGAGGGUGUUCAUCGAGAUGCUGGCAGAAGAAGACAUCUUAGCUACACUUGAUCCUCAAGGGCUGGUUUGGAUGGAGGGGAGACUAGUAAGUGUUGACGAGCCUGAGAAUAUCGCUGUACUUUACGAUUCAACGGGUAGAGCCAGAAUAGACUACAGCAGUGUCAGGAGGCUUCGCUCACACAAUGAUAACGUCAUCGCAGUUGAUUCUAUCGUGAUGGUGGUUGGGAAGGUGGUGUCGUACCCUCCGGAUCCUCUCAUCAAGGCGAUCAAGAUCUCACGGGUCAGCAGCUGCGAGUCAGGUCAGGUCAUAUGGGACCUGGAGGUCCGGGAACAACACAGGGCGAUCUUCAGGCAGAGGUACGAGGACCGGAUCGCGGAACAUGGAGACCCUUUUGCACACUACCCAAUGGGCUAUUAGGACUAAAAGUGCAGUCCUAUGGACCAGUUGCACAAAAAAGAGAAACAGUUUUACUAUACCAUGUGGUAAUAGGACUUAAGGAAAAGACCAGUUCUAUUACAAAAAGUGCCAUUUUACUCUGAAAUUUACUAUGAAGACUUGAGUUUGGAUGGGUUUGACACAGGAGAGUAACCCGUUUAACUAUUCCUUGGACCAGACGAAAAAGUCCUGAAGAGGUACCAGGAAUGGAUCAAGAAUACAGAAAACCCUGGGACGCACUAUCCCAUGGAUAGUAAGGACUUGGCAUUGGGACAAAAGAGCUAGGCUUUUAACUAUUCCAUGAACCAGAAG